GUAAUUCCAAAAAUUACUUUCUUCCUAUUUGUGAAAACCCUGUCGACAGACAACUGUAACCCUACCUGCUCCUGCCUGUUGUUCAAAUACUGUGCAAUGAAAGAGGAAUAGCKACAAAACGAACUACUGAUAAAACACGACUGUAACCCAAACCAUGUCCACAUCCGACGUCAGACGAAGGCUCGCACCAACCGAUUGCACYGGUGCUUCCACCGUCGCGAACAACGCGAAGGCGACGGAACAAGCACCGAUUUUUGUCKUUGUCUUUGCCCACCCCGACGAUGAAAGCAUGUUCUUUCUACCGGCGAUUCGGGCGCUGGUUGCAGCCGAAGCGACGGUUUGGUUUUUGUGUCUCACAAACGGCGGGUACGACGGGCUGGGGAAGGUCCGGGAAACGGAGCUGGAGAAAGCCGGGAAGCUCMUCGGCGCCUCGAAGGUGCUAAUCCGCAGCGACGACGACAAUGGCGACGAAAGGGCCAUCCUCGAUCACCCAACGAAACGCUACGCCAGGGAAACCGUGGCGAACGCMAUCCGRGAUUCUCUUUGUGCAAGCCUGGAGCCAYCGGGAAGCGCCAAUCGAUUCGUGCUGGUAACCUUCGACGAACUGGGCGUCUCGGGUCACGUAAACCACAUCGAYACCUAUCUCGGGGUGUGCCACCUGAUGGACGAGCAAGAAGAACGACAGCGAGAGCAACGRGCRCAAACAACRCCAAAAACAARCCGGCAGCAAUCCCCGCAGGAAUURUUCCUUCUUGAGGCUUGGCACCUCGAAUCCGAGCGAAACCUUUUCUUYAAAUACCUUCCUCUGCUGUCGUGGAUGCUUCUCGUCCUGUCCCUAUUUACSGGAACAACUUUUGUUCCSUUGUCGCAAACGAURCGUAGUGAUCAUAUCAAUAAAAACAGAAACACCAGCGUUCGGAUUUUUCGCAUGCACGAGCCCUUGCUGAACUGGAGAGCCAUGGCCACUCAUCGCUCCCAGUUUGUUUGGUACCGGAGGCUCUUUGUGGUAUUUUCUUCCUAUACGUAUCGGAACAAGUUCCUUUGCAAGAAAGUGAUUUCGAGUGUAGACAAUAUAGAUUAGAAACCAGUUCAAAAAUGGGAUUUGUUACUAUUMACUUWGCAAGU